AACUAUACUUACUGGAUAUCUCUGCCUAGCCCAGUGGGAGUCUUGACUGCCAAUUUCUAGAGAAAAAACGAAGUCAUAGUCCAGUUAGUAAAUGCACGCAUUCCAUGGCUGCACCCAACCAUCGGUCCCUUUCUUCAACCUUUACUACUAGCGCUCGCUGUUUGUCCUCUCCUCUCCUCUCCUCUCCUCUGCAUGUGAGUACAGUUGCAUCACUCUGCCCUCGCCGUUGAGCUCAGGGUAAUGCAGAUCUGUCAGCGUCCGUCCAUUGCUGAGCUCACAAGAAACCCAUCUAUUGCAUUGCAAGUUGCAGCGUCUCCUGAUCCUGAUGAACAAGGCAGUAGGUACCAUUGUAUGCUCCGUCCGUCCUGGACCUUGCUAGAGCCACCAUGACGGUCGUCAUACACCCGUCCGCAUUAAUGGCGGCCGUCGGGUGGGUACCCUACCUCACCACCACGGCACCACCCGCAUCACUCACUCUGGAGUCUGGACUGGAGGUGAAUGAUAAAUUGAACAACACAACGAAACUCCUAGAUGCCCAUUCCUUGCAGCUGCGGGAGCUUUCUCUCUCUCGGAGCAAUGGGGAUCUGCUGCAGCAAGGCAGCGGCAGGGGAGCUCGACGAUGAGGGCGGCUUCCCAUGGAUGCACGAUGACUUCUUCCUCCACCACCUCUGGAACGACGCCAGGGUCUCCAUGCACACCAAGCAAGGGUGGAAGGGUGCCAACCAGGACGCCAUGACCGUCUGCCAGGACUUUGCUGGACACAAAGGCCAGAUCUUCUGCGGGGUAUUUGAUGGGCACGGCCCCCUCGGCCGUGAAGUCGCUCGCCGUGUCCGCGACACCCUUCCGACAAAACUAUCCUCCUCUUUGAAGCUGAAAACUGAAGAAGAUCCCUCAAGCAAUACAAAUUUGGACUCCUUUGGCAAGUCAGAUAGCACUUCAUUGAGCGAUACAAGCGAUGAGAAUCAAUUGCUGUCCACAUGGAAGAACAUAUUUUUGAAGACAUUUGAGGAUGUGGAUGAAGAGCUCAGGCAACACCCUGGAAUUGACUGCAUUUGUAGUGGCGCAACUGCAGUCACUGUUGUUAGGCAGGGUGAUCACCUUCUCAUUGCCAAUUUGGGCGAUUCACGUGCUGUUCUUUGCACCCGAGACAGCAAGGACCGUCUGAUUCCAGUCCAACUCACCACUGACUUGAAGCCGGAUCUUCCAAGCGAACUCGCAAGGAUUCUGAAUUGUAAGGGACGAGUUUUCGCCAUGGACGACGAGCCGGACGUGCCUAGGCUGUGGUUGCCAGACCAGGAUGCGCCGGGCCUCGCCAUGGCAAGGGCCUUUGGGGACUUCUGCCUGAAGAACCAUGGCCUUAUUUGUACACCUGAAGUCUACUACAGGAAGUUGUCUGAAAAGGAUGAGUUCUUGGUACUUGCUACUGAUGGGAUUUGGGACGUUCUGUCCAAUAAGGAGGUGGUCAAGAUCGUGUCAUCAGCCACCGACCAUUCCAAAGCCGCCAAGCAGCUGAUUGACCGGGCGGUCCGAGCAUGGCGGCGCAAGUACCCCACGUCCAUGGUCGACGACUGCGCCGCCGUCUGCCUGUUCCUGAACCGGGAGGAGAGCCUCCUAGGGCCAGCACCAGCAGACGUGAAGCCGCCGCCUCGGGCCGUGUCGUUCACGGGGAGCUUCCGCAAGGUUCUGAGCGGCGGCGAGGCGUCGGCGGAGGAGGGGACGAUGUGGAGAGCUCUGGAGGGAGUGGCUCGGGUGAACUCGGUGAUCAGGCUGCCGCGGAUCGGCCGCGUCUUGAGCUGGCGGAGGCGGUCGGCGUCGCAGGAUGAGGACGAAGACGACCAGGAUUGAAUCCAGUCGCUUUUUCUUGGUCGGUACACGUGAAUUCGUGCAUGGGCCAAUUUAGGACUCGAUUGACACAGUUGUACGUCGCAUUCAGGAUGUUGACACAGUUUAACUUGCCACAACAGCAUGAUUGGUUGUUUCA